AUGCGGACUAAUCUCAUAGGUUUUACCACGGCACUCUUGCUCACGUUGAGGGCAAGUGCCGAUCGAGUGUGCGGAGCCACUACGGACGCUUCAACGUACCCGUGGAAAGUGGGCGCCGGCCGAUACGAUGGAGCAGAGUCCGGCGAGGGCACCGGUACUGCGACGGUCGCGUUUAGCAUAGCUCCCGGUAACAGCGCCCAGGGGACAUUUUUCGAGUGCGUCGCAGAAUGGCCAGAAUCAUGGGCGGGCUGGUAUGAAGACGGGAAUAUCAUAUGGGGCGAUUGUAUCUGGGCUGGGAAUGGUCCGACGUACGAUACCGCAGUCGCGUUUGCUGUGGACUGGAAGAAUCGCACCAUGUACCUAUCGCAUACGUUUCCCUGCUCGGAUGUGGAAGGUUCCGAUGCCCUGGCGACCGGAUCGGUAAAACUGGACAUGAACUGUACGACAGCAACCGAAGGCAGCGAUAGCUGUAUGCUGGCAGGCACUGGCGUGACUAUCACGACUAAAGGGGGCCCCGCUCGAGCAGAAGCAGACUCAUGCGCGGAUAACUCCGGAAGAUACCAGUCAUGGCAGCUUGAGAAAUGGCAACGCCAGUACGAAAUGGCUCCCGGAUCAACGUCCAUCAGCGGAGAUACGGGCCCAUCUUUCACGUUGAAGAACAUGGCCAACACGGAUGUCUUUGACUGCACACCAUCGGCCACAGACGACAGCACGUUUGACGGAACUUGCAAGCCAACGACAGAAGGAGACUCGACGACGACGGCAGCGUUCCAUUUUGAUCCGCAAACAGACAUACUCACCGUGUCUCAGCAUUGGGAUUGUAGCGACGCAUCUACAUUUGAUGCUAUCGGUAUUGGAUAUGUACAGGCAACAUGCGCCCGCGCAGGAAACUUGCUAACUUGCACUUCGAAUCCACUCUGGAUUGGUACGAAGACGGUGUAG